AUGCGCUACGUGGCCUCUUACUUGCUGGCCGUCCUCGGAGGCAACUCCUCCCCCAGCGCCAAGGACAUCAAGAAGAUCCUGGACAGCGUGGGCAUCGAGGCAGAAGAUGACCGGCUUAAUAAGGUCAUUGGUGAGCUGAAUGGGAAAAACAUUGAAGACGUAAUCGCCCAGGGGAUUGGCAAGCUUGCCAGUGUGCCGGCUGGAGGGGCUGUGGCUGUCUCUGCUGCCCCUGGUUCUGCAGCUCCUGCUGCUGGUUCUGCCCCAGCCGCAGCAGAGGAGAAGAAAGAAGAGAAGAAGGAGGAGUCUGAGGAGUCUGAUGAUGACAUGGGAUUUGGCCUGUUUGAUUAAAUUCCUUUCCCUCUGCAAAUAAAGCCUUUUUAUGUAUCAUAA